AUGAGGCGAGCGAACGAAGCUAUUGAAAGGGAGCGUCAUCCAAUCCCCACUAUAGAGGAAGUCUUAUACGAGUUAAAUGGAUCAACAGUCUACAGUAAAUUAGAUUUGAAAUGGAGAUUUCAUCAAGUCGAGCUUGAAGAUUCAUCGCGUCGUAUCACCACAUUUGUAACGCAUGGUGGACUAUAUAGAUACAAGAGGUUGAUGUUUGGAAUAACCUCAGCACCCGAGAUGUACCAGAAGAUAGUCAAGGAUGUAUUAAUUGGUUGCAAAGGAGUUGGACGGGGAAUUGAAGAGCACGGCAAGAAUUUGGUAGCUGUACUUAAUCGUUUACGGGAGUGUGGAUUAACCCUAAAUGCAAACAAGUGUCAGUUUCGACUUCCAAAGUUGACAUUUUUUGGUCAUGAUCUUAGUUGUGAUGGUGUUUCGCCAAACGAAGAGAAGGUGGCAGCAGUAAGAGAUGCCAAACCCCCAAAGAAUGCUGCAGAAGUUAGAUCUUUCCUAGGCCUAGUGCAGUACUGUGCCAAGUUCCUACCUGAUUUUGCACAAGUGGCAGAACCAAUCAGAAAAUUAACUAGAAAGAAUCACAAUUUGAAUGGGGAAAAGCUCAACAACAGUCUUUUGCAACAUUGAAAGAUCUUUUAACUCAGGCCGAGACGCUUGCUUACUUCAAGAACGAUUGUGAAACACGCAUUAUUGCUGAUGCUGGUCCUACAGGGAUUGGAGCGGUUCUCACACAGUUACAGGGUGAUUCAUGGAGAGUAAUUUCGUAUGCAUCUAGGAACCUCACUAGCGUCGAAAGGAGGUAUUCCCAAACGGAGAAAGAAGGUCUUGCGUUGGUGUGGGCAUGUGAGAGAUUCAAGUUGUAUGUUUAUGGUCGUAAAUUUGAGCUAGAGACGGACCACAAGCCUUUACAGUAUAUAUACAACACAUCGUCUAAGCCAUCUGCACGACUCGAAAGAUGGGUUCUUCGGCUACAAGGUUAUCACUUCAAGGUUGUCUAUCGGCCGGGAGAAACUAACAUAGCUGAUGCUUUGUCUAGGUUAAAUUCGAAAGUUCCUAAAGAUCACAGUGGCGAAACUGUGGAUGUUGUUCGAAUUAUCGCGCAAGAAAGUACACCGGUGGCAUUAACAGCUAAAGAAGUUGAAAGAGAAUCGGAGAAGGAUCCUGCACUUGUAAGUGUUAGACAUUAUAUUCGUACAGGAAAUAGGUCUGAAUGUAAAAUGCCAUAUUAUUCGAGUGUAAAGAACGAACUUUGCAUUAUUGGCCAGCACCAUGGUUAUGCGUGGAACAAGAAUAGUGAUACCACAAGCUCUUAG